AUGCAUAACAGAAACAAAACGAGCAAGUCAUAGAUGCAACCCUUAAUUCAAUUGACUAUCGAUUUAGGGAAUCACAAAUGCGAUAGGAUUGCUCUGUACAGGGAUACUAAUCCAUAUUUAGAAGCUAAAUAAUUUGUCGAAAGAAAUCAUCUUGCCCAAUCUAUGGUUUAAGUAAUAUCGAAUUGCAUUAUCAAACAAAUGAAGGCCUAUGAUGAAAUUUUGAUGAUAACGUAUGACACUCAAACAGAAACUUCCUAUUUGCGCAAUUUGAAAUCAAAUCAUGAUGAAAUAUAGGCUAAACAAAAAACUCCAAGUCCAAAACGAUUUCACCCGAGUCCCAAACAAACAACUAAACAAAAUCUGUCAAGAAGUCCUUCCAAUAUUUCAUUACAUGAUGAAUUGCCCACAGAUAAAGUCGUUGUGAAGAAACUAUUCUAAAUUUUAGAUUCGGAUUAGGAUGGAUUAAUCUCAGCCAAUAAAGUGAAUUAUAAUAAAUUACCAAUCUAGUUAAAGAACAGAAUUACUGUUCAUUUAGAACAAUCCUUGAUCCCAUUAGAGUUUGAAGAAUUAUAUGAAAAAUUGAAGAAUGAUCCAUAGGAGGAAUACUUUAUCACUUUAAAAUUGAUAAGCUAAAUUUUAGACAUUCCAAAGAUUAAAGUACUAAUAUGA